AGGAGGCCUCGUCUCCAGCACCCGCUCCACUCGUUCUCCUCCCAGGAUGAAGCUCUCCUCCGUUUUCACCACCGUCCUCCUCCUCUUGAUGGCUUCUUCUCCAUGGACGUCUGCAGCCCCUUACGGGGCCAACACCUCUCCGUGCUGCCGGGAGACCCUCUCCGCCCCCUUCUCCAGGCCCGUCUCCGUGACCGGCUAUUUCCGCACCGGUGGACACUGCGCCUUGCCUGCCGUUGUGCUGGUGUUGAAGAAGGGCGCCCUGGUCUGUGCCGACCCCCAGGCCCAAUGGGUCAAGAAGGUCAUCGCCGACCUCGAUCAAUAGCCUGACGGAUCCUGGAAUCAUCAUCAUCAUCAUCAUCAUCAUCAUCAUCAUCAUCAUCAUCAUCAUAUUAUUAUUAUUAUUAUUAUUAUUAUUAUUAUUAUUAUUAUUAUUAAUGUUGAACCGGAACGGCAGCUCUGCACUGUUUGCACAUAUCUAUUUAUCUAUUUAAGUAUCUAUAUCUAUAUUAUUUAUAUCUAUAUGCCUGGCUAUUGGGUCUAACCAUCGUUAAGGAUAUUGUAUUUCAAUGGGUGCGUAUAAAUAAAGGCUUUCUUGGACCGAA